CCGGCGGUCUGUCGUUUGUGCUUCCUUUGAGCAUGGCGUGUGUUAAUUUCCCAUUAUUAGUGAUACCUGAAGAUACUGGAAGCCCUCAGCUGUUUCGGGAGGAGAUAAUCGGUCGUGGGACGCGGAGAGGAGUCUGGCAGCCUUUUGGAGAGCCACGAUCAGGGAAGGAGUGCCGAAUAACCAGCGGCCGCCCCCUCACUUCCCCUUCUCGGCCGCAAUGAACCACCACCUCCCGCCCGGGCAAGAAAGGUUGUUUGCGGCUCGUCACCACCAGGACCCGUUUGUCUGGAGUCAUGCGCCCAGGCGACACACAGUCCUAAAAGGUGUACAGAGAUGCUUCCCUCGGCCCUUUAUGGACAACCUUCGACCUCCCCAAUUCCGCGCACCGGAUGAGCCAAGCAGCCUGAUUGGUGGAGGCUUAAGAAUCGGGACUCGUGACGUAGCGCCUCCGUAUUGGCCACCGCUACCUCUUGCUCCACCCACCCUGCAUCCUCCACCAAUCGGUGCGCUGCCUACCGUAGUGGCUCACGACGAAGAAAGCGAUUGCUUCAUGCUAGGAGAAAAGCUGUCGAAGAAACCGAAACGGAUCAGAACAAGAGUAGACGCCGGAGAGCCAAGGAACUCUUACUCGGCCUUCAGUAGUCUGCCCAACCUGUGUGGUGUUAGUGUUAAUGCAGUCAGGCCGGGAAGUGCUCCCAACCUCUUCAGUGCAAGUCAGUCUUUUUGUGGACUACCGUUUGUGAACUAUUUCAAUCCCCCACCCACGGCGGGUUCUCGCGGUAUGCUAAGUGAGUUAUUCGGCGCCCACACCAAGCCUGUGGCGCCCUGCCCGCCCGAAGACACAGUGGCAACCAUGGGUGUGUUGGACAAAGUGACAAGCUCGAACGUCCAUAGUGCUGAUGCUGUGAACUCGGUGAUUCGAGGACCAGAAGCAGAUAACGUACUCUUACGAGAAAUACUACAGGGGCGUAAAAGAGAAAUUCUUACUAUGGAGGAAAUAGAGGCCGCCCGUUCUUUACACAACAAUAAUAAUAGUUAUAAAGGUGCCGCGGAGCCAGUGGAGACCAGUAAUGAGGACACGAACGCUGCCAGGGAGGAAAGUGUGACCGCGGAAGAUCCUCGCUGCGAGUCUGAGGUGGAAGAGACCAUGAGUCAGAACAGCCCGCGCACAGACUCCCCCGAGCCCAGGAAGCGACUGGAGAACAUAGUGAGUGUGAUCCGCUCCUCGCCCACCCCGAACACUACUGUGAACGGCUGUAAGAAAAGGAAGCUGUACUUGCCUCAGCAACACGAGGCAAGAAACAGCUAUGACUCGCAGACGGAGGAGGGCGAGGCCGCGGCGGAGCCUGACAACAAGACGAGACGCCUGGAGGAGGACGAACAGGUAGAGUCGCGGGCGCCGGAGUCUGGUGAGGAGGGGGGGCUACAGAUUGACUUGAGUGUCAGGCGGCGCUCCCCUGAGACUCAGCGUGCCCCCUCCCCCAAACCCCCAACUUCCACCUCUUCGAGUGACUCCAACGACGCCUCCUCCUACCUCCUAGAUUAUGCCCAGCGUCUCAUCCGCACCCAGGAGGAGAGACGGAGAGAAAACGAGUUGAAAAACUCAGACUUGACGGAAAAGCUUCAGCUGUUAAGAAAUCUAAAUCUUAACUCACAGGUGACAGACCUCGAGGGCCUCGCCGAUGUGUUGAAGACGGAAAUUACCGCCUCCUUGGCCGUCAUCAUCGACACCAUCGUCAACAAGUAUGUGCAGCAGAAGAAGCUGUUGACCAAGCAGGCGGAGGUAGCGGCUGAGCAACUCAACCGAGACAUUGCCUCGCAGCUGAUGGAGGGCUCCCGCUCUCCUCGUUCUCACAAGAUGCUCGACCGCACACCUCCCAACAUGCCAAGACUAAAUGGCAUGCCCGCCCCCAACGGCCCCCUCAACCUGUCCCCGUACCCAGGGUCAGAAAACAGUCUAAACAACCUCAAUCUCCCUCACCUGCGGCCGCCCAUGUACAAGCCUCCUCACUUCUUCCAGGGGAGCUUACCCCCCAUGGGUGGCAUGAUCCCCAGUGGUCAGACCUCCCCCUAUGGUGGCAUGGAGCCCGAGCAGGAUGAGGCGCUGCCAUUGGUUGUCACUCCCAAGAAGAAGCGCCAUAAGGUGACUGACUCCCGCCUGACGCCUCGCACAGUUGGCCGCCUCUUGGAAGACUUCCCCCGCUACGGAGGUCCCCUGCCUGGCAUGAUGGGCCCCGCGUCGCCCCGCAGUUCGCCUCCCCCUCCACCCAUGAGCCAUCACCCGCACCAUCGGCCGUCUUCCUUCCCCCAGCCCCCGCCGCUGCUGCCUGUCUCCCUCCCCACCUCUGUAGCCAUCCCCAACCCAUCUCUACACGAAUCCAACCUCCUGUACCCCGGCUACUACAGCACCCACCGGCCGUCAUCUCCUCUGGAUGGGCGGCGUGACGAGUCUCCAGCGGGUCCUCCGCCUCCACACCACCAUCCGCUCCUCCAUCCAGCACUGCUCGCAGCUUCCUCACCCGACACCUUCUCUCGCUUCCUGCACGGCGCCGAUCACGACCGGGCCUCCGACUGCUCUCCAGCAGACCCACACUACGACGGAGUCCAGCCUACUAUAUCCUUUUAUUCACCUCAACGGAGAAGCCUUAACCUCUCUGGCCCUGAAGAAAGUAUGUUAACGCACUCCAGCACACUGACGCCGAUGCAUCUCCGCAAAGCGAAGCUCAUGUUCUUCUUCGUGCGGUAUCCCUCGUCGUCGGUGCUCAAGACCUACUUCCCAGAUAUCAAGUUUAACAAGAACAACACUGCCCAGCUCGUCAAGUGGUUCUCCAACUUCCGGGAGUUUUACUACAUCCAGAUGGAGAAGUAUGCGAGACAAAGCUUGAGUGAAGGAACUAAGAAUGCGGAUGACAUCUCCGUCACAUUUGAAUCGGAGAUCAUCCGCGCCUUAAAUCUUCACUACAACCGCAACAACCACCUUGAGCAGAUCCCCGAGCACUUCAGGUACGUUGUCGAACAGACGCUGCGGGAAUUCUUCAAGGCCAUCCAGGAGCAAAAGGACCAGGAGCAGUCUUGGAAGAAGGCGAUCUAUAAGAUCAUCGCGCGUCUGGACGAGCAGGUGCCCGAGUACUUCAAGUCUCCGACGUUCCUGGAGCAGUUGGAGUAGCGGUGACGUCCCGCCCCGGUCGGGCGACACCCGGCCUCGGCGGCCGCGCCAACCGCUCCCCCUUUCUCAGCUGCAGACUCACCUGCAGCAACCUCUGCUAUCACCUCAGUUACAGCUGCAACAGCUGUAACAACCUCAACUGCAGUAACCUCAGUUGCAGCAACCUCAUCUGCAGCACCUUUAGCUGCAGUAACCUCAGCUGCAACACCAGCAACCUCAGCUGUCACCUCAGCUGCAACACCACCGGCUGCAGCAACCUCAGCUGCCACUUCGGCUGCAACACCUAGAAGAUAGAGAUUCUGUACAUACCAGUGAGUGAGCGGCCUAAGGCUGGACUAUCAGAGGAAGACAUGUUCAGAGAAGGCUAAGAUGGAGGACUGUUAUAUGGGCAUUCUUUUAUUAUUAUCAUGAUACAAAUAUUGAAGGUGCAUGUCUCAAAUUUUGUCCAAAUGUUGUAGCCUUGAUUUAUUGUGAAUAUCUAUGAGACAAAGCAUUUGUGCCUUUCCAUGCCUUCCAGUAACAAUGAUGAGAUCUUUCCGACAGCCCAGUGUACCCAAUUUGUAUAUAGUUUACUUCUGUUUCCCUUGUUUGUUUGGUUCCUCGAGCCAGAGGAUGUCAUGUGAACUCGCGGCCAUGUGAGCCCGCCCGGGCGUGCUGCCUCGGCCCCGACACCCUCCCAGGGCCCUGGGCCACCAUGUUCCAGGCCUCUCCCUCGCCAGGGUUGGGGCCAUCCAUUACCCUCGCCACUGGGGGCGCCUCCCCCCUCCUAACUGCACCACACUUCUCAAGUCAUGCACUGUGUUGCAUGCACGAGUCUCCUAGUCACAUGCUAGCUAUCCAGGUCCUAGUUUAUUUGAUCUGAUUAUUUUGAUUUUUUGCACUGAUUCUCAAGUAAGGCUCCUAGUUUUAAGUCAUGCAUGUAGGAUAGUUGUUGAUGGUGGUUCCCAGUUACCAAGUUAUAAUAGCCAACCACACAGUCAAGCCCAUACACUCCAUAGUCUGGCCCCGGGGGCAUACACACUGGCCGGGGCCUCAGCUGGCUGCAGGUAGCGGAACCUUGUAUGGAUGCUGCCAGUCCCACACCACAAGAGAACGUCAGUGUCCUACUGCGCCCGCGCCGCCCCCCUCUCACCACAAGAAGGCAAUACCCCAAGUCACAGACACUUGCUCACAACCACCUGUGUUAGGCGAGUUACCUGCGAGCAUAAGACAAACCAAAGUGGCCUUGCUUUGUGGUGGUCGUAAACUAAGAUUGACUGCAAGAAGACAUCGUAUGUGAGAUCUAGUCACAUGAAUGAAUCUCUGGUCUGUUGUGAUGCAGACCAAAGCAUAAUCAGUUAACUAUGUUGAGAAACCUGACCCAAAGUAUGAAUAUCAAAGUGAUCUCGAGACUGCUCAGAUCUGACUAACCUUUUUCCUCUUCUGUAGUGCAUUCUACUCGACUAACAAAUUUACUAACCAAUAUGGUGUUGGGAUUUCUGUUCUUGAAGCUUUGUAGAUAGAAGCAACCUAUCUAUCUCAAAGCUUCCUCCACUAAUGCAAGUUGUUUAUAAUUACGAAACCAAAAGACACAUGGACAGUUAUAUUGUCAAACAAAUGUAUUAGCAGAAGUCACAAGUGGAUUUUUGUUGGUGUAGUCGUGGUGGUGUAGCCCCGCUCCGUGGCGCAGCGUCGCAGCCCUGGCCUCAGUGUAGGGAAGGCUCUAUACCGCCCUCAGUACAGUUCAGUGUUCUUUGUCAGUACAGUUGUGUGAACAUGCAGAGCUAGUUGGCAGUGUAUUGUCUCUGGCAGUCUAUUAUGCUCAUGUCAUUUUUUACUUUAUUUGUUUUUGGUAUUUGCUAUUGUAUGCUAUUCCAUACGCCAUAGACAUUACAUAAGACAUCAUGGUAAUAAUGCUUUUCAAACCAAAACUUUGGUGCUAAAUGUACAACCGUGUUAAUCGUCUGGUACUUCCAUUUAGGCGUUUUUAUUACAUUCCAUAAUGUAGUUUGUGUGAGUCAGACUAGGCUGCAGCAGCUGGUGCCCGCCCGCCGCCGCACCAGCAGGUCACAGCUCCCGCAGACCCGUACCAGAAACAUCAAAUUAGGCACCUUAGAAAUGGGUAGUGAUGUGAUUGCUUUUGUAUAAGGAUUGUUUCUCUAUUGAUUGUGAACUUAAGUCUUUUAAUGCUAUAUUUUCUUAAAUCAAAUUUUGAGGUUUUUAAAGGGAUUGUAAACAUUUCAUAAUUAUCUUUAUGAAAUCCAAAAAUAUUUUUUUCUGGUAUUUCUGCUUCUUUCUUUAUUUUCCACUAACCCCAGCUGACCUGUGUACGGGUUAGCAGCAACCAAACCAAUGUUUUUUUUCCAGUCUAGUCCAUACCUUAGAAUGUAAAAGAACAGUUAAGUGUUUGCUUCCAGAAGCUAGUUUGUAAUGAGGUCCAUCUGACAGGGUCGGCAUCAACAGAUGUCGAUGAGUCACUGAGUCAGGGGACCGUGGUUAAAGUAUUCCAUAGUUAUGAAUCAGAGCUAUUCCAUGUUUGAUUUGGUGUUACAUGUUCUCUCCCAGUUCACUACAGGCUUGUUGUACCCGUUGAUGAUGCUAUUGAUGUCCAUUCUCUCGGCAUCUUUGUCGAGGCAAUUGAAUAACGAUUCAGUCCUGACCCCUGCCUAGACGGCACACAGCGCCCCGCCGGGCUCAGGACUGGAUGGAAUGAUAAACUUUCUGGUGUUUUACGAAGCACUGGUUCUGUGGGGAUAUACUGCAACAGCAGGAACACAAGACCAAACCGAAGGCAAAAUUAUCAAGUAUAAAGUUUGUGGACCCCUAUGCCCCAUCACUUGGUGCUUUCCCUCCCUCCCUCCGCUUCCCACCCAUGCUUCCCCACCCCCUGUACAGAGCAGCCUACAAGGUGCCACGCUGGCUGCCUCAUCACAAGCCUCAGCCUGGUGCCAACAUGGGCCGCACCACAGUUCACCACGGCUGGUACCACCUGGGCUGGGGGUGAAACACAAACUUUCCACACAAAAUUUAAAGCAGUUGUCAACAGCACUAACCGGAAGGGUCGCCUUGGUAAACGUCCAGUGUUUCAAGUGCCUUGGUCUUACAUUUCGAUAGAGGGCGGCCCUGUUUUUCACUAUAAUCUCCCCAUGGAGCUUUCAGUGCUUUCAGCAUUCCAUGUGAAGUGUUGAUUUAUGCCAAUAGAAGCUUUUUUCAGUUUCUGUUGGAUUUAUAGGAAGACAAAAAUGGUUUAGUUUCUAAAGAUGAAAUGUUUAAAGUUUAAUUUAUUGAUUUAUUUAAAAUGUGCACCUAGCAUUAUGUGUUUUGCAUAUAUAACAUAUAUUCAAUUAUUAUAGAAUGUACUAGUUUGUAGACAUAAAUACGAUUCAAACCGAA